GAAAAAACUCGCAUCAUUUCGAAACGGAGUGAGUAACGUUAGGCUAUCCAUUUUAAAUAUGUAACGAUUAAUAUUAAUGCAGUUCAUUAACUUUAUAGACGAGUAGGGUUAGAGUAAAGUCCACAAAUUGGCAUUUGUUAAGACUAUACGCUUCAAUGAUUACAAUAAUUAUAGCCUACCUUCAAGUAAAUCCACUUUACCAGCAGCCAUUCAGAGAAAGUAAAAGACCAUUAACUGUCUACUCGAGGUUCUUCAGAUGAUGUUUACUUUGGAUGGUCAGUCCUGCCAGGUGGAGUCUCUCAGCUACAGUUCUGGAUUGCAUGCAUGAAUGCCUUUUCUUUCUUUUCUGCAUGUACAGAGUGGUGUCAUGGUGUUCUGUGUUGAAAACUGAUUCUAAUUCUAAUUCUGUGUUGGAAUUAGAUGCUGCACUUCAGUGUCUUCAAAUGACAUUCAUAAAUCAGUGAACUUGUCAUAAAUAAAUUUACAAAGAGAAUGAAGCUCUGACCAACCAGCACAAUGAGACAUACAAAGAUUGCAGAUGACAUGCAACACACCACUUCUCUCAGCUCCAAAAAACAACUACUGGAACAAUUACACUCUGAACAGCAAGAAGUUAAUGCCAUUAUACAGCCACUGCUGGAGACUGAGGCUGGAUUCAUAAAGAAUCUGGAUCACUACCUCACUCACAGAGACACACUGGACUUGAGGAAAACUAAACUGCUCUAUAAGUGCUGGACACAGAGUGUGUGGUUGCCAAUACAGCGGAGCAUUGGUCAACACUUUACACACCAUGGCUACAAUGAGACACAGAAGCUAAGGAGCAUGCAUGCACACUACAUAAACUACUGUAAUGCUAAGGGUUUUGUGUUUCUAGACAGUUAUGAUCCCCUAGAAUACAACCCUUUCCUGCACCAUUUCAACUCACCACAUUAUCACAAAAUUUCCACACCAACAUUGAAGGACCCUCUGUCUCUUCAGUCACGAGCCAGGAUUAAGGAAAAGACAGCAGUACUUAGCUGUCAAAACAGGUCAUGUGUACCGCCGUCAGCAGGUGGAGGAAAUUCUCCAGAGUCCACCUGCUUCCAACAGAGCCUUAAACAGUCACAGGCCAAACCCUCAAGAGAUACUACCUCACAGAGACUUUGGAAGGACCGCAGUCUGUUAAGAUCAAGGAAUAGAUGCUCUCCACAUUCAGCUGCGGCAGAGGGAUGCUGCUUCCACACCAAGUGCUGGUCCUCAUAUGGUUAAUUACCACAUUCCAUAGGCUCUUUUUGACA